GGAGUAGUUUCAGUUCGGACAUUCAUAUUUUAAUCAACAGAUGGGAAACAGGUGUGCGUUUCUAACCAGUAUGUUUUUAACCCGGCUUUGAACGCGAGCUUCUCAGGACCUAUACACUCGACUGGACUGGACUAGCGGCUACAACAAAAAACAACUUGUUGGGUUCAGGAUGUUCGUCUGUUUUUUGAUUUUCGUUUGUGCUUCGGCUGGUCGCAUUGUACCCGCCCAAGUGAUGACUGGUGAGGUACACGAAGUCCCGGUAAAUAGCACCAUUGUUUUAAGGGCAUCACGGUUUGCUGUGUUUGAAUUCAACAAAGCCAACGCAGCAGAAGAACAGUUUGCGUACAAAAUUGUAAACAUAACAUCGGCCAAAAUUCAGGUGGUCGCGGGAAUAAACUAUAUUCUGGAAAUGAAGCUGGGACGAAUGUGCAAGACAAACGGGACUGCUGACCGAGAACCAUGUGUUUUCCACUGUGAACCCAAGGAACUUCAGUGCCACUUCAUCGUUAGAGAAACCCCUUGGGAAGAUUCACUUGUACUUACUGAAAAGAAGUGUCACCUAAUCAUUGACUGACUGUUGUGAUUGCUGCUGAUGGUGUUGCCAAGUAAACAGUUACCACUGGACAGUG